GUAAGACCCGGUGGAAACCGAGCAAAAACGCAGGCGGGCUAUCCUACCUACCUACACACACACACUCACCCGCCCGUUCGCCUUGCACAUCAGUGAGCGCGUUAUGGUAGGGGUGCAGAGCAGGAGACUGACGAUUGCAUUCAGUUAGGUCUGCCUCCUCGAGUCUGUGCACAUUUCCACGCAACCUAACCGGCUGAAGUGGGUGGCUAACUCUCUUUCUCUACCACAUCCCCCCGAAACCGAACCGUGAGCCAGCCGUGGUGUGUGUAUCGCCGCAGGGAAAUCGCCAGGAAGGAUAAUAUAGCGUACUGUAACAGUAUUGCUUUUUGUGGACUCACUAUGCCCUCGUCUAGACCAGGGGCAACUCCGGAAUACUGGAUAGAUGACUCGAAGAAGGAGACACUGGCCGACUACUAUGAGCUGGAGUCCGAACUGGGACGGGGAGCAACGUCGGUGGUGUACCGCUGCAGACAAAAGGGAACUCAGAAACCCUACGCCGUCAAACUCCUGAAGAAAACAGUGGACAAGAAGAUUGUGCGAACAGAGAUCGGCGUCCUGCUGCGUCUCUCUCACCCAAACAUUAUAAAGCUGAAGGAGAUCUUUGAGACUCCGGCAGAGAUCAGUCUGGUGCUGGAGCUCGUUACUGGUGGGGAACUCUUCGACAGGGUGGUGGAGAAGGGCUACUACAGUGAGCGAGACGCCGCAGACGCAGUCAAGCAGGUCCUGGAAGCCGUAGCGUACCUUCAUGAGCAUGGAGUGGUUCAUCGAGACUUGAAGCCUGAGAACCUUUUAUACGCCACCUCUGCCCCUGACGCCCCUCUUAAGAUUGCUGAUUUCGGCCUGUCAAAAAUAGUUGACGAUCAGGUGACAAUGAAAACGGUGUGUGGCACUCCAGGCUAUUGUGCUCCAGAGAUACUGCGUGGGUGUGCGUAUGGGCCGGAGGUGGACAUGUGGUCAGUGGGAGUCAUCACAUACAUCCUGCUGUGUGGCUUCGAGCCGUUCUUCGACGACAGAGGUGACCAGUACAUGUUCAAGCGCAUCCUCAACUGCGAGUAUGAGUUUGUCUCCCCCUGGUGGGACAACGUAUCGCUCAACGCCAAGGAUCUUGUGAAGAAGCUGAUUGUGCAAGAUCCCAAGAAGCGCCUGAACACUCUCCAGGCUCUGCAGCACCCCUGGGUGACGGGCAAGGCCGCCAACUUCGCCCACAUGGACACGGCCCAGAAGAAGCUGCUGGAGUUCAACGCCCGCCGCAAGCUGAAGGUGGGGACGCCCCUGCUGCCCAGAGAUGGAGAGGGGACACGGGGACAGUAGAGGAGAGGAGAGGAGAGGAGAGGAGAGGAGAGGAGAGGAGAGGAGAGGAGAGAUUGCAGAGGAGGGGAGAGGAGACAGUAGACUGUAGAGGAGAGGAGAGAAGAGGAGAGACGGGAGAGGAGAGGCGAGGAGAGAUUGCAGAGGAGGAGAGAGGAGACAGUAAGACUGUAGAGGAGAGGAGAAAAGAGGAGAGACGGGAGAGGAGAGGAGAGGAGAGGCGAGGCGAGAGGAGGAUCUUAUUACUGUGCUACAGUAGUAAAAGACAGGCUGCUUGACUUUACUGGUACCUGAGGACGCUGAAGGCAAAAUAAAUAUAUAUCACUG